AUGGACGGUGUAGAUUCAGUGGCCCAGGGCACUGCCCAGCCUCAGGAUGGAGAGCAGCCUGCUGAGUCCCCAGAGCCGCCGCCGCCGCCUCCCGCUCCGCCGCCGGCCCCACCGCCUCCGGCCCCACCGCCGCCGGCCCCACCCCCUCCGGCCCCACCGCCGCCGGCCCCACCGCCUCCUGCUCCUCCACCAUUCCCCGAGCUUUCUUCAGCACCAGUACCAGAGCCUGCUCUGGGACCCUGUCCAGAAGCGACUCCAGAACCAGCCACAGAAACAGACGCAAAAUCAACCCUAGAGCCGGCCCCGGAGCCGGCCCCCGAACCAGACUCAGAGCCGGCCCCGGAGCCGGACCCCGAACCAGACUCAGAGCCGGACCCAGAGCCGGACCCAGAACUUGUCCCAGAGCCGGCCCCGGAGCCGGACCCAGAACCUGCCCCAGAUCUAACCCUAGAGUUGGCCUCAGAACCGUCUAGAGAGCCGACCCCAGAUCUUGACACAGGGCUGGCCCUAGAACCAGCCCCAGAACCUGCCAUGGAGAGGGCCCCAGAGCCAACUCCAGAGUCCUGUCUAAAGAUGAGUCCAGCACUACAUCUGUUGCAGGUAGUUCCUGGAGAGCAAAGUGGAAGAACAUCUCCAGUGCUCUUGCCAUUGCCGUCGCCCAAACCGCCACCAACAUGGUCCAGAGUAAAGAAAAUACUGAAGGAAGGACCACUGCUAAAGAACUGUAAGUCCUUCAGAAGAUGGAAGCUUAGAUACUGUCUGAUUCAAGGACAGAGGUUCUACUUCGCACACCACCCCUCGUUUGCACAUUUUGAAACAAUUGAUCUGUCUCAAGUCGUCUUGGCAGAAAGUAGCUUCAGAAAUCUUUACCACGGCUUUUGUGUUAUCACACCACAUCGACAUUUCUCUCUAAUUGCACCUACCCGGCAAGACAUGGAAGAAUGGAUUAACAUCAUAAAAACUGUCCAACAGGGAGAAAUCCAUCAGAUACCUGCAGCCGAAAACAAUCCUUUCCUUGUCGGAAUGCACUACUGGUAUGCCAGUAAUAAUCCUCGGAGUCAGUUCUGCAAUGUUUGUCGAGAGAACAUUCCUGCCUUAUCUCGAGAUACCAUCAUCUGUGAAGUAUGCAAGGUGAAGUCUCACAAAUUCUGUGCUUUGAGAGCAAACAAAGACUGCAAAUGGAACACUUUGUCCGUAACUGACGACCUUCUUCUACCCGCUGAUGAAAUACAAACAAUGCCACAUCAGUGGGUAGAAGGAAAUAUAUCUGCCAGCUCUCAGUGUGUCGUCUGUUACAAGAGGUGUGGAGGUCGUCGGAGACUUCAGGAUUUCCGCUGUCUCUGGUGCGGCUCUACGGUGCAUGGGGCCUGCCAGAAGCGGUUUUCCAAGGAAUGUUCCUUCGGAAGUCGUCGCUCAUCCAUCGUGCCACCAACGGCACUGAGCGACCCUAGGGGCGAUGGCCAACUAGUAGUUUCGCCUGACUUCUGGAAUCUCGACUGGCCACUGACUUGUUCCUGUCCCUUGCUGAUCUUCAUCAACUCUAAAAGUGGGGAUCAUCAAGGGAUCAUCUUUCUCCGGAAAUUCAAACAAUAUCUUAAUCCGUCUCAAGUAUUCGACCUGGCGAAGGGUGGACCUGAAGCAGGCAUCGCUAUGUUCAAGAACUUUGCCCGUUUUCGUGUUCUGGUUUGCGGUGGUGAUGGCAGCGUGAGCUGGGUCUUAUCUACAAUUGAUGCCUAUGGAGUGCAUGAUAGGUGUCAGCUGGCGAUCAUCCCACUUGGAACUGGGAACGAUCUCGCUCGUGUCCUGGGCUGGGGAGCACUGUGGAAUAAAAACAACUCACUCCUGGAUGUUCUCACCCAAAUAGAGCAGGCUAAUGUGAGGAUUUUAGACAGAUGGAGCGUGAUGAUUCGUGAGAGCCCCAGACAAGCCUCAGUGCUGAAAGGACAAGCGGAAUUGGACAUACCAAGUUUUGAGGCUGCUGCCAUCAAGAACUUAGAGUCUGCCUCCACUGAGUUGAACAAACUUCUGAAGUCCAGGCAGUCCACUGAGGUUGUUAUCUCCACAAGAUUCCUGUACUCAGCAGUGGAAGAGUUUGCGGGUGAUAUUGUAAAGGCCUGGCACCAAAUAAAACAGAACAGCACAGCAGUGGAGUCUGUGAUUUUGAAAAGCGACUUAAUGUAUGAUAAACUCAGUGUCGUUCUUGAUCUCCUGGCUGAGGAUGCAGUAGCUGCCUCCGCUGAGAGGACAGCCACGGCAUAUGGAGGCAGAAGUGAAGCAGAUGGAAAACCGUUCGAGCCUGAACUGGACCACAUAGCAAAGACCAAACUGGAGUUGGCUGAAAGGGCUCAGAAACUCCAACAAUGCUUGAAGCUCAUCAUAUUCCAGGUUGAACAAGUUCUGGAUGAAGAAAGCAGACAGAGCUUAUCAGUUAAGAACUUUACUUCAUCCUUGUUCCUGGGAGACGGAGAAGAUGACUCAGAUGACUACGAUCAGAGCCCAAGACACCGUUCUCGUUGUGACAUCUUAUAUUCUAUACCUUCGCUGAGAAGUGAAGACCUAGAUAACCUUGACUUAGAACACUUAUAUAUUACACCUGAAAUGAUACAAUUCAAAGAAAAGUGCGUCAUGAACAACUAUUUUGGAAUUGGACUAGAUGCAAAAAUUUCUCUAGAGUUCAAUGCCAGAAGAGAAGAACACCCAGAACAAUACAAUAGCCUGCUUAAGAACAAAAUAUGGUACGGUCUUCUGGGAAGUAAGGAACUGCUGCAGCGCUCUUACAGGAAACUGGAAGAGCGAGUACACCUCGAGUGUGAUGGAGUAGCUGUCUCCUUGCCAAACCUUCAAGGCAUCGUAGUGCUCAACAUUACCAGCUAUGCUGGAGGUGUCAAUUUCUGGGGAAGGAACAGACCAACUAGAGAAUAUGAGGCCCCUGCAUUCGAUGAUGGGAAGUUAGAGGUUGUGGCAAUCUUUGGUUCUGUGCAGAUGGCAAUGUCCCGUAUGAUCAACAUGCAUCGUCAUCGAAUUGCCCAGUGCCAUGAGGUGGUAAUAACUAUUGAUGGUGAAGAUGGUAUCCCAGUGCAGGUGGAUGGGGAAGCCUGGAUUCAGAAACCAGGCCUUAUCAAGAUCAAAUACAAGAAUGCUGCUCAGAUGUUGAUGAGAGAUCGGGACUUUGAGAACUCAAUGAAAACGUGGGAAUCAAAGCAUACUGAGAUCCAAGCUGUCCAACCACCUCAUCUGGAUUUGCAGGAAUCUCAAGACAGCCUGUCUGAUAGAGAGUAUGCCCAGAUGCAGCACUUGGCUCGGCUUGCAGAAAACCUCAUUAGCAGACUUACUGACCUAAGCAAGGUCUACCAGCACGUGUCUGUCCUCAUGGAUUCUGUGACUGCCAGUGCUAGCAUACUGAAUGAAGUGUUCUACAGUCAAGACAGUGCCAAUGAGGAAGGUGCAGCAUCCUGUAUUCCCAUUGAGACUCUAAGCAGAACUGAUGCAGUGGAUGUUACAUUUAUUCUUAAAGGACUUUACGAUGACACCAAAGCUUUCCUGGAUGAAAACUUGUUAAGAGAUGCUGGGGAUCGGGACAUGCUCCAAAGUGCCUUGGAUGCCAUGAGUAUAGAGUUGACAAGGGUACUGGAAAUUGGCUGGUUAAGUCAACUAUUCUUUCCAGAGGAACAAGCUUCCGACACUCAUAGUUUAAGUCGCAGGUUUAGAAUUAAAUUCCCCAAGUUGGGGAAGAAGAAACAAGAAGAAGAAGGAGGAAAACCUAAACCAAGCAAAAGAUUCCCUGGUUUUCUUGGUAAGUUAUGGCGUCGCAGAAAUCGUGACAGUCGAGCAAAAGCCGAUGACCCUCCAACACCUUCAAGUUCUCACCUAUAG